AGAAAGUGUUUUCCAAGUACAAGUCAUACGGGGUGUUGUGAUCUGCUACGGGAAGCGACCGACAGGCAGCUAGUUUACAACUCUCUCCAAAUGCCAAAUAUGUAUCGUGAAGCGACGCAUGCCGGUAGCUGGUAUACGGAUUCUGGGGCAGAAUUGAACCGCCAACUGAAUGGUUGGUUGAAUGAUGCAGAUUUAACGUAUGGUCCUGCCCGUGCCAUCAUCGCUCCGCACGCCGGAUAUCGCUAUUGCGGUGCCUGCGGUGCUUGGGCUUAUCGACAGAUUAGUCCUGCCGUGGUUAAACGUGUGUUCAUUUUGGGUCCUUCGCAUCAUGUGCGAUUGUCUCGUUGUGCCCUAUCGGCUGCCCAAUACUGCCGUACGCCAUUGUACGAUCUGAAAGUGGAUCAACAAAUCAAUAAACAGCUAGAAAGCACCGGCCACUUCAAGUGGAUGGAUCAAAAGACGGACGAAGACGAACACAGUAUCGAAAUGCACCUUCCAUAUGUGGCAAAAGUGAUGGAAGAGUACAGCGAUCAGUUCACUAUAGUCCCGGUAAUGGUCGGAUCAAUCAGCAACGAAUGGGAAGAGACGUAUGGCAAAAUCUUUGCACCGUACCUUGCCGAUCCUCAAAAUUUGUUCGUCAUUUCGUCCGACUUUUGCCACUGGGGCCAACGGUUUCGUUACACGUACUACGAGGAAGGUUCCGGUCCCAUCUACAAGUGGAUCGAAACGCUAGACAAGAUGGGUAUGGAUUUGAUAGAAACGCUCAAAGCGGACAGCUUUAGUGAGUACCUACGAAAGUACAACAAUACCAUCUGCGGACGCCAUCCGAUCGGUGUGCUUAUGCAAUCCGUGGAAGAACUGAAACGCCGUGGUCACCGGAUGAGCUUCAAAUUCCUGAAAUAUGACCAAAGCAAUCAGUGCUGUGAUAAGAAAGACUCCAGCGUGAGCUAUGCCUCCGGUUCGCUGAUAUUUGAGUGAGCUGCUCAUUCAUCUGCAACGCUUUGC